AUGGCUGCCUCUACCCUGGCCCCUAAGUUCUUCCAGUACGAAUACCCAACCCCAUUGUACCAGAAGGAAUUAGAAGUCCACCAACAAUCAUUGAAUGAAUACGACGAGGAAAUCUACCAGGUAAUGGUUGACAUGCUCGAGUCCAACAAGCCCAACUUGGACUUGUACAAGCAACAGCCAUACUUGACCUUCUCUAUCAGACUCAAGCUCAUAGACUUCUUGCUCAAAAUGUCUAUACGCUUGAAGAUAUUGCCAUUUGUGUUCUUCAAGGCAGUCAAGAUCUUUGACAGAUACUGUUCCAAAAGAAUCGUAUUGUUGGACCAAUCCCAGUUGAUCAUUACCACCUGCUUGUGGAUUGCCUCCAAAAUGCAGGGCGGAAACAACCACUUUGUCAACCUCAGCAACCUCGAAAAGUUGACCAGCAUCAAGACCAUCAAUGACUUAGGUUAUGGUUCUGGAGGCAAGUACUUGGGACCAACCGAAAGGUUCAGAUUGCCCAAGUUGCACGAGUUGGUCAAGUUGUGUGGAGCCAAGUGCAAGUACGACCAAGGAAUGUUCAAGCAAAUGGAAUUGCAUGUGUUGACGACUUUGGACUGGUCCUUGAACGACCCUUCCAUUGAGGAGUUUAUUAUUCAAAGUGAUGAGUUCUCGAUUGUCCCAGAGGUUGCCAACAAUGCUGGCACCAGCUUAAACAUCAACGAGAUGUUCAAAAUCAAGGAGUUCUUGAGUUAUCUUUCGCUUUAUUCCUUCGAAUUGAUUGACACUAACUUGAUCGAUCUUGGUAAGGUCAUUCUUGACUUGAUUAACGAAACCUUCAAGUUGAACAUCGACAAUACCAACUACCAACAUAUCUUGGCCCUUGACGGUGACAUGCACCCUGAGAUGGAUAUCAACAAAUACAAAUACAUCAAGAAGAACGUCAUCAAGUCGGUGUUGAACUCGUCUGACUUCAUUCUCAAGCUUUUCAAUUCCAAGGGAUGUCAGUACUUGCACCAACAAAUCCACUCGACAUAC